AUGGCUGAGAUUCAGAGAUUCACUGAGGACGAAGUGCUGCAGCGCUGUACAGAGCGUUUCCUCGUGGACGGGGAAGGCGUUUGGCCGGUCACGAGGGCGGUGCUCCGUGGAGGGGUCGUGGGGCGCGGAUCAGGGGACCACAGCAGGAGGACAUAUGCUACCAAUGUGGAUGUGUUGGACACUGGGCAAAACAUUGCUGGGCCAUACCAAAUCACGGGGAACCAGCCGUCUAAUGUCAACGUUUGUGGACUGGAAACCUUGGCUCCUGUGUCUGUGCUCCUACGUCUCUCCUCCGGAUCCCCCCCCCACGUGACCCUGUUCUACGACAGAGACGUCUCUGAAUGGUACCAGGAACCUUUCCUUUCCACUUUGGAGGAAACAACCUGGGAGCACCAAGCAAAAGAAUUGGGCCCAAUGAUGAAACGCUCCCUGGCAGCCACAGAUUGGAUUGCGACAGCAGUGCCAGGUUUGUCUUUCUCCCCUUCUCUUGACACAUAUAAGAUCAGCUUUUCAGGGUCUGAAACAGUGGAGCUACAUCAUGAACAGGUGUCCAGACAUCACGAUGUGGGGCUUGCUUCCUGUUCUCCUAUUUCAUUUCAGGUGGACUCUGAGAGACCCCUCUGGAUUCCUCAGUAUCCACACAAACCCGCAGCUGAACAGGGCAUCGCAGAGACAAUAACAGGACUGAUUGAGGCUGGAGUGCUGGAACCCUCAAAGUCUGACUGGAACACACCCAUUUUGCCAGUGCAGAAAAAAGGUACUGCCAAAUACAGAAUGGCUCAUGACCUGAGAGCAGUAAAUGCAGUUCUGAAAACAAAAACGGUGGCAGUUCCGAAUCCAUAUGUAUCCAUUGCUGCUUUGACUCCUAGCCAGCAGUGGUAUAGCUGUAUUGAUCUGGCAAAUGCAUUUUUCUGUGUCCCACUAGCUGAAAGCUGCAGGGACUACUUUUCAUUCACUUUCAGGGGAGAACAGUGGCGUUACACCAGGCUGCCACAAGGUUUCGCCCUGUCUCCAGGGCUGUUUAACCAGGUUCUGAAGGAUGUUUUGCAGGACUGUCCUCUCCCUCCACAAACGACCCUCAUCCAAUAUGUGGACGACCUUUUGCUGGCUGCCCCCACCGCGGAGACCUGCGUUAAAGCGACCUCCCUGGUUUUGCAGCACCUACAUCAGGCGGGUUUCAAGGUUAGUAAAAAUAAAUUGCAGAUUGCAAGAAAACAGGUUUCUUUUCUGGGCAGGAUAAUUUCUGCAGGCACAACUAGCAUGUCUCCUUCCCACAAGCAGUCCAUUCUGCAACAUCCUAAACCCUCCAAAGUUAAAGACAUGCUCUCUUUUCUGGGGUUAACUGGCUACAGCAGGAGCUACAUUCCCUCUUACACUGACCUGACUCAGUCUCUUCGGGCCUUGGUUAAAGAACAAGGCAUGCGAAAUCUGAACAAUCCCCUCAUUUGGACAACUGAGGCGGAACAAGCUUUUAUCUCAUUAAAGCAAAACAUGGCAUUGGCAGCGGAACUCUCCCUCCCAGAUUACACCUUGCCGUUUUUUCUUGAUGUUUCUGUAACAAAAAUGGCUGUUAACGGAGUUUUGUUCCAGAAAAAAGGGGGAGAGAGAAAAGUACUGAUGUACUUAUCUGUAAUGAUGGACAAUAUGGAAAAAAGGCAUCCCCCAUGUACGCAACAUGCAGCUGGGAUAGCCAAACUCAUACAAAAAACCGCACAUAUCGUCAUGGGACAUGCACUGCAAGUGUUAACUACACACAGCGUGGUGGCAUAUGUAAACUCACAGAGUUUCACCAUGACGGCGUUGAGACAACAAAGGCUUUCCAAAAUUCUGGAAGCUCCAAACAUUUCAUUCACUCAUGAAGGCAUAAAUAUGGCAGACUGUUUUGCAGACGGAGAACCACACGAGUGUGCAGAGUUGGUGGCAAAGUCAGAAAAGACACCAAACACAAGAACUAAGAGCUGGUUUUGCAGUAGUAGAAAGCACAAAAGCAGGCUUUCUCACAAGAAAAGCAGAAAGACUGGAAGGAACAGCAUCUGCACAGAGGGCAGAAAUAAAAGCAGUGGCGGAAGCGUUAAAGCUCGCACAAGGGUUACAGGCAACCAGGCAGCCGACAGAGCAGCAAAAGUGGCUGCAGGAUACAAAGACUUCAUGAUGGUGUGUUCCUCGGAGGAGGAAUUACAUGACAAACUCACACUGGAGGAGGUGAAUGAAGUCCAAUCCUUUCUGGGUGUGCCUUGGUGUGAGACUGUGGGCGCAUUCCACGAUUGUUGGACCGAGUUACAGCCGAAAUCCCACACUGAAGCCUUCCAGGCAAUGUCGGGGUUUCCCAGCGACCGCGCCGGCUCUACAUCUGGACACACGCAGAAACUGAUUUGA